AUGACCACCGCCCUCCGAGUGCCCAAUGGCGUCAAUGGCGACUCAUCCAACGGCAUGACUCUGACAAUCCUAGGAUGCGGCACGCUCGGCAUCGCCAUCCUCAGCGGCAUCCUCUCCUCUCUUAGCGAAUCCACGGUUUCCCACGCCCCCUCCCCCGCCUACCCCGACUCCGGCACCGCGACACCCACCACGGAAGCUCCCCCCACCCCUCAACGCACUCCCACAAACUUCGUCGCCUGCGUCCGCCGCCCCGAAUCAGCCAAGCGCAUAAAACUGGCAGUGCAAGCGUACCGCCCUGCCGUGACGGUCCUACAGAAUGAUAACGUCAAGGGUACACAAAAUGCCGAUGUUGUGAUCCUUGGCUGCAAACCAUAUAUGGUCGGGGAACUCCUCCGCGAAGAUGGCAUCAAAGAAGCGCUGGCCGGGAAACUUCUGAUCUCGAUUUGUGCGGGCGUGCCUGUCGAGCAGAUCGGCCGGGUCCUCUACGGGGAGUCAUACCCCGAAAACAUACCGAGCAACGCGUGUCGCAUUGUGAGAGUCAUGCCCAAUACCGCGGCGAUCGUGAGGGAAAGCAUGACAGUCAUUGCGAACACGUCACCACCUUUGCCGGCUGAGCUGUCAAGUAUUGUGGAAUGGAUAUUCACACGGAUCGGACGGGUGGUACAUCUCCCGCCCAGUAUGAUGGACGUAAGCACCGCGUUAUGCGGGUCAGGGCCUGCGUUUCUGGCACUCAUGCUCGAAAGUCUCGCUGAUGGCGCCGUGGCGAUGGGCUUGCCGCGUGCGGAAGCACAGUUGAUGGCGGCGCAGACAAUGCGAGGCACGGCAGGCAUGGUAUUGCACGGCGAGCAUCCUGCUCUGGUGAGGGAAAAGGUGUCCACCCCAGGAGGGUGUACGAUUGGAGGACUGCUUGUGUUGGAGGAAGGCAGGGUCAGGGGCACCGUCGCCAGGAGUGUUAGGGAGGCGACUGUCGUGGCGGCGCAACUCGGGAAGGGCGUUAGUGGUGUCAACGGCACGAGGUUUGAGAGACAGUAA